AAAUAGGAAAAGGAGGUGGAGGGCUUUGUUGUCCUUCUUUUUUUUAGUGCCAACCAUGAACUGCACAUGAGACCUGAGGGAGUGACAGAAAAGGAGGGAGGGAGGAGGAGGAGGAGGAGGAACGAGGAACACUACAGCCAAACAUGAUCCCUUUUUUUCCCUCAGUGCUCUCGCUCUCUCUCCCUCUCUCUCUCUCUCUCCCUCCUCUGUCUCUCGUUGACUCCAGGCUGAGAUCAAUGAUAGGAUGCAGAGCCUCAGAUCCCUAAGCACACUCCUUCUCCUCCUGCUCCUCCUCUACCCUGCUCCUCUGUCCGGCCAAGAGCUGCUUGUACGUCUCGCAGGUGUGGGCCGACGCGGUCCAAACGAGGGACGUGUGGAAGUAUUCUAUAAUGGAGAAUGGGGAACUGUCUGUGAUGAUGAAGUGGAUCUUCAUCUAGCCAACGUGGUGUGCCGACAGCUUGGCUUCCAGCGCAGCUUUACCUGGGCACACAGUGCCAAGUUUGGUGAAGGGCGAGGGCUGAUCUGGCUGGACAAUGUCCACUGCAGAGGCUCAGAGCUCUCAAUAGCAGAGUGUCGUUCCAACGGCUGGGGAGUCAAUGACUGCACCCACGCAGAGGACCUUGGUGUCAUUUGCAGCCCAGAAAGAAGGCCAGGGUUCCCCCCUGUUUCCCUGGAGGGGGCCUCUUCAUCCUCAGUGCAGCAGCCAAACCAAUUACGAAACAGAAAUCCACCUCAAUCACCACUGGCCGUGUCUCCCCCAGUUCCUUCGGCAGCCCAGAUCUCCUCCUCUUCAGAUAGAGGCCACGUGAUUGCUCUUCAUCGCAACCCGACUUCACGUCGUAGCAGCAUCCCACCACAGCAAAAUGGCCAUGAAAUCCAGAUUUUACGAAAUCGAGCAGGCGCCCGAACCAGCCAGUAUCCAAACUCAGCUUCACCACAGGGGCAUCAACUCCCUUCAAAUAUGGCAUUUAGUGGAGGGCAAAGGCAGAGGCAGGACGGAGCAAGAGCCGGUCCGCAAGCCUUACGACAAGAAACAGAGGAUCAGACGAACAGAUGGCAUCCGCCCGCACCACAGUCACAGGGAGGAAAUGACAGGAACCAGCCACUGAGUGGGAACCAUGUAGAAACAGACUAUCCAGAAAAUGAUGUGCAUUUCACACAGAAUUCUGAGCGCGGUCUCUUGGAGGAGGCCCGUCUACGACCUGUGCUGUCCAGCAACAACGGCGGUUUAGUGACAGAAGGAGUUCUGGAAGUGAAGCAUGCUGGGAAGUGGCGUCACGUGUGCAAUCAGGGAUGGGACCUGAGCAGCGGUCGUGUCGUCUGUGGCAUGUUAGGUUUCCCUGCUGCUGAGGAAUUUGACCAAACCCCCUACAGGAAACUGUGGGACUCCAAGAUAGCUGACCCGUCGUCCAGGCUGAGGACACAGGUUGGUAAAAAAACCUACUGGGUGGAGAGAGUGCGGUGUCAGGGCGUGGAGGCCUCUCUAUCGCAGUGCCAGGUUCAGCUCUCUCUUCCCUGGACUGAUGUCCCAUGCAGAGGAGGAAUGCACGCCGUGGUACGCUGCGUCCCUGGGUUCCAGUUUGCACGUUACGGACGAACACCUGCGCCACCUGCAGUGCCGGCGGUUGUGCGACUUAAAGCCGGACCUCGUUUAGGGGAGGGCCGUGUGGAGGUGCUGCGAGAGGGCAAGUGGGGCACCGUUUGUGACCAUCUGUGGGACAUUACUGCAGCCAGUGUGGUCUGCAGGGAGCUGGGCUUCGGGACGGCCAAAGAAGCUCUUAACAAAGCUCAACUGGGACAGGGUACUGGUCCCAUCCACAUGAACAGUGUCCAGUGCACAGGGAGGGAAAGGUCCAUUACUGAGUGUAACUACAGACAGGUGCCACUUUACAGCUGCAAACAUAACCAGGAUGUAUCACUCCGCUGCCAUGUUCCCAACACUGGAAUACAGACCCAGGUGCGUCUGGCAGGAGGCAGAAACCCAUCAGAGGGACGUGUGGAGGUGCUGAUGGACGUUGGAGGCGUGAGACGUUGGGGUUCUGUGUGCAGUGAGAACUGGGGCCUGAAUGAAGCAAUGGUCGUGUGCCGACAGCUGGGUCUGGGCUUUGCCUCGACACCUCAUCAGGAAACCUGGUUCUGGGCUGGUUCUCCUGAGGCAGGAGAGGUGGUUCUGAGUGGAACGCAUUGCACUGGCAACGAGAUGUCUGUCCAGCAGUGUCGCAGAAACACUCACGUCUACUGUCCAAGAGGAGGCGACGGCAGAGCUGCAGGAGUGACAUGUGUUGAGACCGCCCCCGACCUUGUCCUGGACGCUCAGCUCGUUCAGGAAACGGCUUAUUUAGAGGAUCGACCCCUUCACCUGCUGACCUGCGCUAAUGAAGAGAACUGCCUCUCCUCCUCCGCUGCCAGGAUGCACUGGCCCUACGGACAUCGCCGUCUCUUACGCUUCUCCUCCCGCAUCAUGAAUUUGGGCCGUGCUGACUUUCGACCCCGGGCCUCCAGGGAAAGCUGGGUAUGGCACCAGUGCCAUAGGCACUACCACAGCAUCGAAGUGUUCACUCACUAUGACCUGCUAACCCUCAAUGGGACCAAGGUGGCUGAAGGUCACAAGGCCAGCUUCUGUCUGGAGGACACCUACUGCCCUGAAGGUCUCCAUAAGCGGUUCGCAUGCUAUAACAUGGGACAGCAGGGUAUCUCAGUUGGCUGCUGGGACACCUACCGCCACGACAUCGAUUGCCAGUGGGUCGACAUCACAGACGUUAGACCCGGUGAAUACAUCUUUCAGGUUCAAGUCAACCCCUCCUUAGACAUGGCUGAGUCUGACUUCCAAAACAACGUGAUGCGCUGCCGCUGUAAAUAUGAUGGAGCACGGGUUUACAUGUCUGGAUGCCACGCAGGCGAUGCUUACAGUGCAGAGGUGGAGGACUUGUUUGACCACCAACUUCAACUCUCCAACAACUUCCUUUGAAUUUUGGAACUCAUUGCUAUUAGGAAAGAACAACUGUGCAACUCCUCACAACACCUCAACCUGUCAGGGAAAGCAGAGUUAAUUUCGAUCGUAUGCUAGUUUAAAAAGGGAAUGAGCCUUUGAGGGAGGAAUAACAGAAGGGCAUGAGUGGAACUGCAUCCAAAAGUGACCGGUUACGUUCCUGUAUCAUUGUAUGCAUCGUAAGCACCAUGCUGCCAUGAUUAAACAUAAAACCUUUCAAAAAUUCUAAAAAAAGAAAAAAGAAAAGUGUGUUUAUUGAUUAAACUAAUUGAAUCCCCAUUUUAUUGGCUUAAAACACAUCCUGUACUAUCAAUCACCCAAUCACCAGCCUGUUGACAUGUAACGGCAACUCAGGUUUGAGACAAACUCUGUACGUGCCUUUUGUGCUUUCAGUGCUCCAAAUACAAAAUGCACUAUUUACUGUAACAAAAUAUGUGGCUUUUGGUUUUCAAUUUUUAUUUUAUUUUUUACUUAAUGGUGCUAUUUUGCCUUUUUCGAAUAAAUUUUGUAAAGUAUUGCAAAGGUAUUGUCAUGUACAGUUUUAUAUUACAUCUCUCGAUCAUUUCAUGUUCUUUCAGUAAUUUAUGCAGAAUUUUAAUGUACUUUAAGGUUGGAACUUGUCCCUGUGUGGCUGUUAUUAAGUGUUCAUUUUAAUAUUAUUAGUUUUUUUUCCCUUGUUUGUUGCAUAUAUCACAUGAGCUCUGGUUGUACAACAGUGUUGUGCCUUAUGCCUUGUGACAAUACUUGGUUAUCUUAGAGAAAUAAACUUAUGAGUGAUAAACUG